AUGGGAGCUGCAGGUUCGCGGGAGACGGAAGCGGCGGCGCGGGAGUUCGUCGACCGCGUCACCACGGAGCAUAGCGUCACAGUGUUUGGCAAGACGUACUGUCCAUAUUGCGAUAUGGCCAAGGGUGUGCUGAAUGAAGCUGGUGUCCAGUACCAUGUAGUGGAGCUGGACGCGAUGAAUGUUGACAAGUUUACAGGCGUCGAGGUUCAGAAUGCCUUGGCAACCGCAACUGGCCGUCGAACGGUGCCCAAUGUAUUUAUCAAAAAGGAGUCGAUUGGUGGUGGCACCGACGUACAGGCUUUGUUCCAGUCCGGGAAGCUCAUGGACAUGCUGUGCUCGGCAGGAGCAUUGUAA